UUUAACCAAUUUGGUAGUUUGGGUUACAUUUGUCACUUCUAUAGUCGAGCUCUCGAAUGCAUGGGGAUCACAUCCACCCAAAUCGAACGGUUAAGAAGGUGGUGACGUGGCUGGCUCAGCAGCUUCCUGAUUAACGUUUUGUAGUGAGGUCUGAGGACUUUCUAGAACUUUGUUUAUCCUCAAAAUCGGGAAGCACUUGAUCAACUUCAGCACCCAAAGAACCAUUACUAUAGUAAGCAGUAAUAAAUUACACAAUGAGUAGGUCUAGGAAAAAUACGAAGUUAUCUGAUGAGGCUAGUGGUGGUUUUAGUAGCGGAGGUUUUGAUCAUGAAAUAGCGCAACUUACGAAGCUUAGAUCAGGAACUAGUGAGAAUAUGAGUAAGUUGGUUGGUGGAAAAAAUAAGGGUUGGAUUUCUCCGGUGAAAAUGUUAGCUGCUCGUGAGAGUAAUUUUUUACGAAAAUCCAAGUUUUCCACUGCAGAUGGUUGCCAUAUUCUUAAUAGAUAUUUGCCUGUUAAUGGACCUUACUUGGUGGACCAAAUGGAAAGCUGUGCUUAUGUGUCCCACUUUUCGUUCGACGGUUCAUUGUUAGUUGCUGGAUAUCAGGGAAGUCACAUAAGAGUUUACAAUGUGGAAGAUGAGUGGAAGGUUCACAAGGAUAUAAUGGCUAGGGGCUUGCAUUGGACGAUCACAGAUACAUCCCUUUCCCGGGAUAAACGUUUUCUUGUUUAUUCAAGUAUGUCUCCCACUGUCCAUAUCGUUGACGUGGGAUCUUCAGUUAUGGAGUCUCUUGCAAAUGUUACGGAAAUUCAUGAAGGUUUGGACUUGUCAGGAGAUGAUGAUGAAAGUUUCAGUAUCUUUUCUCUGAAGUUCUCAAUGGAUGGUCAAGAAAUUGUUGCUGCAAGUAGUGAUGAUUCUAUAUAUGUCUAUGAUCUCGUAACCAACAAGCGCACGCUCCGAAUACCUGCACAUAAGGAAGAUGUUAAUACUGUAUGCUUUGCUGAUGAAUCUGGUCAUCUGAUAUAUUCUGGAAGUGAUGAUAGCUUCUGCAAAGUGUGGGAUAGACGUUGCCUCGCAUCAAGAUCUCAACCUGCUGGAACUUUAGUUGGUCAUCUGGAAGGCAUUACUUUUAUUGACAGUCGUGGUGAUGGACGUUAUUUUAUAUCUAAUGGGAAAGAUCAGACUAUUAAACUGUGGGAUAUACGAAUGAUGUCUUCUAACUCGGAAUGUGUUAGCAGACCAAGAACAAACUUUAAUUGGGAUUAUAGAUGGAUGGAUUACCCUGCAAAGCUUAGAGAGAUGAAGCAUCCAAAUGAUCAAUCCUUGGCAACAUAUAGGGGCCAUUCAGUCCUUCGCACUUUGAUUCGCUGUCACUUUUCUCCGGAGUACAGCACCGGUCAAAAAUACAUUUACACUGGAUCAAAUGACGGGGCUGUUUAUACCUAUGAUUUGGUGACUGGGGCAUUGGUUUCCAAACUCAACCAUCAUGAAACAACAGUGAGAGACUGUUGCUGGCACCCUUACUACCCGGUGAUUGUAAGCUCGUCAUGGGAUGGGAUGAUCAUGAGAUGUGAAUUUCCUGGCAGUGAUAAAACUCCGCCAUCUCUGAAACAGAGAAGAAAUCAUAGGUUAUACUUGAACUAAAGUUAGAUUGUGGGUGCAAUGUGAAUUAGGAGAUAUGGCUACAUUAAAAUGAAACGAUACUGUGAAAUGAUACUGAGAUCCUCUUGCAUAUCUUCGUAUGAUUGCUUAAUUUUAUUGCAAUGUAAAUUAUGUAGUUAUAAUCAAUAGUAAAUUGUUUAUCGUUACAAAUAGGACUGUAAAUUGUGUAUUGUUGUAAUUUUAUAAUUGAUAUGUCUUUUCCUUUUAAUCUCA